UCCGCCUCAGGCCCGUGCCCUGGUCCGAGCCACCAUGGAGAGGAAUGUCUCCGCUGCCGCAGCGGCCCAGUACCAUCCGGCCAGCCCCCCGCGGGACGCCUGUGUCUACAACAGCUGCUACUGUGAAGAAAAUAUUUGGAAGCUCUGUGAAUACAUCAAAAAUCACGACCAGUAUCCAUUAGAAGAAUGUUACGCUGUCUUCAUAUCUAAUGAGAGGAAAAUGAUACCUAUCUGGAAACAGCAGGCAAGAUCUGGAGAUGGACCUGUGAUCUGGGAUUACCAUGUUGUCUUGCUUCAUGUUUCAAGUGGAGGACAGAGCUUCAUUUAUGAUCUCGACACUGUCCUGCCAUUUCCCUGUCCCUUUGACGCUUAUGUGGAAGACGCCUUUAAGUCUGAUGAGGACAUCCAUCCACAGUUUAGAAGGAAAUUUAGAGUUAUCCGUGCAGAUUCUUAUUUGAAGAACUUUGCUUCUGACCGAUCUCACAUGAAAGAUUCCAGUGGGAACUGGAGAGAGCCUCCUCCAUCAUAUCCCUGCAUUCAAACUGGAGAUUCCAAAAUGAACCUGAAUGAUUUUAUCAGUAUGGAUCCUGAGGUAGGGUGGGGAGCUGUUUACUCCCUGUCUGAAUUUGUACAUCGUUUUGGCAGUCAAAACUACUGAACUUGACUUCUGGAUGUAGAACCCUGGAGGAAUGCUGGGACAUGAACAGUAAACUUCAUGGUACAUUUGGUUUGGAAUUGUGUUUUCCUCUUUUAAUUCAAUUCUUUUGAAACAUGAUUGAACAAAAAAUAAAAACUUUGUUUGUUUUUUUGAUGUCAGGUUGGAACUUGAUGUAGUAUAUAUUUGCCAAGAUAGUCCUGUGGCUCAUUUGUUAAAACAUGUGAUGACUUAUGCCAGUAAUUGCUUUUGUUGUGAUAGACGUGUGGACUUUGUGUCUGUUCUGGAUGUUUUGUUUUUCUCCAGUUACACUGUAAGCUCCUAGAGGGCAGGGCUGUGGCUCAUUGCUCAGUGAAUCCAGUGCCCAUAAAAGGGGGCCAUGAGAUGUUUGCUAGUGUUGGUGUUGCUGCCUGAAGAGGGCUGAUAAUGUGUGCUGAAUCAGCAAGAAGUAUUAGUCUUUUUGGACUAUUAAAUUCUUUAAAGAUUGCAGCCCUCUUCGGCUUGAGUGUUAUUUGGCCUAUUUGUGUAUGUUUUUUUUUAUCCUCACCCCAGGACAUUUUUCCACU